UCUUAAGCCUAGUGAAACCCUAGAAGUAUGAGUCAGUAUAAAUCACACCGGAAACCCUAAAAAUGUAACUCCAGAUUUCUCUUCUAGCCGUCAACAAUGUCGAAGCGAGGGCGUGGAGGUACGUCGGGUAACAAAUUCAGGAUGUCGCUGGGUCUUCCGGUGGCGGCGACGGUGAACUGUGCCGAUAACACCGGUGCUAAGAAUCUGUACAUAAUCUCAGUGAAAGGUAUCAAAGGUCGUCUUAAUCGAUUACCUUCUGCUUGCGUCGGCGACAUGGUGAUGGCCACCGUCAAAAAGGGUAAGCCUGAUCUCCGGAAAAAGGUUCUUCCUGCCGUCAUCGUCAGGCAACGCAAACCAUGGCGCCGAAAGGAUGGUGUUUUCAUGUACUUCGAAGAUAAUGCUGGAGUCAUUGUCAACCCCAAGGGAGAAAUGAAAGGUUCUGCAAUCACUGGUCCUAUUGGGAAAGAGUGUGCUGAUCUUUGGCCAAGGAUUGCUAGUGCUGCCAAUGCCAUUGUCUAAUGAUCAGAUCAAUCAAUUGCUUGUAUUUGAUGGAUCUGUCUAAAUACAAACUUGAGAAUUUUGGUAGCAAGAUAUUUUUAUUUUCUGACAAUAUGUAUCCGACAUUCAAAUGUUUUGGCUAUUUAGACAUUUUUCCAAGUUCCU